AUGGGGAAGCAGCUCAAUGAGGUGGAAUUCAGCAUGUGGGCUCUGGAGCCAGGCUCCCCGGGUUUGACUCCAAGCUCCAGCACUGACUUCCAGCAGAGAAUUCUUGAGUCAGUGAACAAUUUCCUGAUGACUGGUCCAAAGGCUUACCUGAUCUACUCCAGCAGCGUGGCAGCAGGUGCCCAGAGUGGUAUUGAAGAAUGCAAAUACCAGUUUGCCUGGGACCGCUGGAACUGCCCUGAGAGAGCCCUGCAGCUGUCCAGCCAUGGCGGCCUUCGCAGUGCUAAUCGGGAGACAGCAUUUGUACAUGCCAUCAGUUCUGCUGGGGUCAUGUACACUCUGACUAGAAACUGCAGCCUUGGGGAUUUUGACAACUGUGGCUGUGAUGACUCCCGCAACGGGCAACUGGGGGGCCAAGGCUGGCUGUGGGGAGGCUGCAGCGACAACGUGGGCUUUGGAGAGGCAAUAUCCAAGCAGUUCGUCGAUGCCCUGGAGACAGGACAGGAUGCCCGGGCAGCCAUGAACCUACACAACAACGAGGCUGGCCGCAAGGCGGUGAAGGGCACCAUGAAACGCACGUGUAAGUGCCACGGCGUGUCUGGUAGCUGCACCACGCAGACCUGCUGGCUGCAGCUGCCCGAGUUCCGCGAGGUGGGCGCGCACCUGAAAGAGAAGUACCACGCAGCUCUCAAGGUGGACCUGUUGCAGGGUGCUGGUAAUAGCGCGGCCGGCCGCGGCGCCAUCGCCGACACCUUUCGCUCCAUCUCCACGCGGGAACUGGUGCACCUGGAGGACUCCCCAGACUACUGCCUGGAGAACAAAACGCUUGGACUGCUGGGCACCGAAGGCAGAGAGUGCUUGCGGCGCGGCCGGGCCCUCGGACGCUGGGAACGCCGCAGUUGCCGUCGGCUGUGCGGGGACUGCGGGCUGGCGGUGGAGGAGCGCCGCGCCGAGACGGUGUCCAGUUGCAACUGCAAGUUCCACUGGUGCUGCGCGGUCCGCUGCGAGCAGUGCCGUCGGCGGGUCACCAAGUAUUUCUGCAGCCGCGCGGAGCGGCCGCGGGGGGGCGCGGUGCACACACCCGGGAGAAAACCCUAAGGGUCUCCUCUCAACCCACUCCUUUCCCCAUUUGUUCUCGACUUCUUUUAGAGACCCCAGGAAUAGAGGAAUCUCUAGGGAAUAGGGACCCCACAUUACCAAGCCCAGGGAUCCCGAGAGGGAGAGACGCUGCAAUCUCUCCAGUGCUUGCCACUUUCCAACCUGUUCCCCCAAUUCCUCUGAGCUCUCCUCGAGCUGUCCGCACCGUCUGCUCACCACACUGAGGUCUGAGAACUAUCUGUUCUGAGAUUCUGAGCUAUUGAGCGUCCUCGGACUAGGAUGAUAACAGGCAUUCCUCCUCCCCAUCUAGCUGCCCUAAUGCCUGGCCUACCCUGUGGAACUUAGGAAUGGAAGAAUCCUUUUAAGACAAGCAGGGCCUGGGAGAGCAUGGCUUUUCUCUUUUACCCAUUUUCUCCACCCCACCCACCCCUUUUCCUGUUGUCAGAUGUCUGAAAUAGUCACAUCUUCCUUCUGCAGAGCCCCUCCUGUAUUUUUAACCUCCCCAGGAAUCUCUGCUUUCUCUCCCCUUCUCCUUCCCUCUUUUCCCUGAAGGGAUACUGACAAAACCCACCCAGGAAAAAGCACUUCUUUGGGGGUUGGUUCCUAGAGGCAGAGAUUGAAGAUGGAGGAAGUGGGAACCCUAGAGUGCUGAACUGAUGUUCAGUGCUACUCUUCCUUCCUAUACCAUGUCUCUAAUGAACUUUGCCAGUGGGGCAAUGACCUUCCUAGACAAUCACCCACCCAAGGUGCUCCAGACACAUACAAUGUCUGGGAAUGAGUAAGAGCAGAUUGCCAGUCAUUUCCUACCCUUUAAAGUAUCUGUCUCCCUGCUCCUAACCUACAUCCUCCUAGAACAAGUUUACCUCUUCUCUUUCCUAAAGACUCAGCUAAAUAAAGCCAAUUUCCCAUUCAGACCCUGGCUUGCACCUCUAAAGACAGGUCACAAGGAGAAGCUGGGACCCUUCCUU